UUCGUCUGUCGAGUGCGAGAGUUCAAGAUGGCGGCCACAGGGUGCAAGUGAUCGACUUUUGAUUGGACAGCACGCUGCGUCACUCUUGCCGAAGCUCCGCCUCCACCCUCCUCUCAUCAUGUCCUCCACCUCCUCAUACUCCUCCUCGGGGGAAACCAGUCCCGAGGACGUGCCUCGAGGUGGGGGCACCAUCCGCGUUUACCUGCCCAACAAGCAGAGGACCGUGGUGAAUGUCCGUCGAGGGCAGACGGUGUACGAGAGCUUAGACAAAGCUCUGAAAGUCCGAGGCCUGAGCCAAGACUGCUGCGCCGUGUUUCGUCUUCUGGAAGGUCGCAAGAGGCUGACGGACUGGGACACAGACAUCACUCCUCUGGUAGGAGAGGAGCUUCUCGUGGAGGUUCUGGACGACAUCCCCCUGACCAUGCACAACUUUGUACGGAAGACUUACUUCAAGCUGGCUUACUGCGACUUCUGCCACAAGUUUCUGUUCAACGGCUUCAGGUGUCAGACCUGUGGCUACAAAUUCCACCAGCACUGUAGCAGCAAGGUGCCCACGGUCUGCGUGGACAUGGACACCGUCAGCAAAAGGUGUGACCAAGGUCCCUGCACCGACGAGUAUCCUCAGAUACUCUUGCCGGAAAAUUCUCCGCCCCAGAGUAACAUAGCCUUAACCGCCGAGCCUGCUGGGAUGGACCUUCUGUCUCCCACGUCAGCCUUCCGCUUCCCCAUGCCCAGUGGAGAUGGCCAGUCCCUACAAAGACAUCGCUCCACAUCCACGCCCAACGUCCAUAUGGUCAGCUCGGUGAGCCCGGCUGCGGCUAGCAUCAUAGAGGAAGCACUGAAAUUCAACAACACAAUAGGUCCCGAGCCAUCACCGAAGCCCUCCACCAGCCCACCCUCGUCUCUAGGAUCUCCAGGGAGAAGACCACCCAAGUCCCCCUCAGAACACAAAGAGCGAAAGCCCCCCUCAUCUGAUGACAAAAAGAAAGUACAUCGGGGGGGCUACAGGGACUCAAGCUACUACUGGGAGGUCCACUCCUGGGAAGUCACCACCCAGAAGAGAAUAGGAGCUGGCUCCUUUGGAACUGUAUUUAAGGGCAAGUGGCAUGGAGAUGUAGCCAUAAAGAUCCUGAAAGUCACAGAGCCCACACCUGAACAGUUACAGGCCUUUAAAAACGAAAUGCAGGUCUUACGGAAAACUCGCCACGUCAACAUCCUGUUGUUCAUGGGCUACAUGACCAAGCCCAACUUUGCCAUCAUUACGCAGUGGUGUGAAGGCAGCAGCCUGUAUCGCCACCUGCACGUCUCCGAAACCAAGUUUGAAACCAUGAGGCGCAUCGAUGUGGCCAGACAGACGGCUCAGGGGAUGGAUUAUCUUCAUGCAAAGAACAUCAUUCAUCGCGACCUGAAGUCCAACAAUAUUUUCCUCCAUGAAGGCUGGACGGUGAAGAUCGGAGACUUUGGCCUGGCCACAGUCAAGUCACGCUGGACUGGCUCCCAGCAGGUGGAGCAACCUAGCGGCUCCAUCCUCUGGAUGGCCCCUGAGGUGAUCCGGAUGCAGGAAAGAAUCCCCUACACCUUCCAGUCUGACGUGUACGGCUAUGGAGUGGUGCUGUUUGAGCUGAUGUCCGGGACUCUGCCUUACUCCAACAUCAACAACAGAGACCAGAUCAUUUUCAUGGUGGGGCGUGGCUACCUGUCACCUGACCUCAGCAAACUGAACAGCACCUUACCCAAGUCCAUGAAGAGACUCAUCGUCGACUGUCUCAAGUUCAAACGUGACGAGAGACCUUUGUUCCCCCAGAUCCUGGUAUCGAUUGAGCAUGUGCAGGACCUGCUGCCCAAAAUCGAACGCAGUCGCUCGGAGCCUUCGUUGCACCGCGCCGUCCACGCCGAGGACUUGAACCCGCUCCUCUUUCACACUACCAGGCUCAUUCCGCUCCAGAGUUAGUUUGUCCAGUAGCCAUCUUUCAUUGUCACUUCAUAUUCCUGUCCAAACAUGCUGUUCUUGUGGAACGCUCCAUGAAAGCAACACAAGCCAAGAGCGAUAAAGAUGAAGAUGUUCACCUUCAAAUAUGACAUCAUAACUUCCCAUCAGGCUUUGCACUUGUUCCAAUCUUUGAAUGAAAAGAGGAAUCAUCAGAAAAUAUCAUUUGGACGACUUAUUGCUCAACUAAAACUAGAAUGAUUGUAGCUUGAAACAGACUUCAAGAUGUCCUUGAGUCUGAUAUUUCUUCUCAACUGCAAGAUGAUUCUAGAAUGUCAUCAGCAACAUCAAUUUCUACUUUGGAUUUGUCUUUUUUGGCCACACAAAAAAUGGGAAGAAUUCUUCUUUUUUUGCCGCAAUGCUGCUUUCAAACAAAAGUGAAACUGAAAUGUUCAUCAAACUAUCAACGGACACAAAUAUGUUCAUCACAAUGAAAUGUUCCUAAAAAUAUUGAUCAACAUAAAUAUGUUCAUCAAUAUGAAAUGUUCCUAAAAAUAUUUAUGAAUAUAAACAAAUAAGUUCAUAAACAUGAAAUGUUAAUCAAAAUAUUAAUGAACAUAAAUAUGUUCAUUAAUAUAAAAUGUUCAUCAAAAUAUUGAUGAACAUAAAUAUCUUCACCAAAAUAUUGAUGAACAUAAAUAUGUUCAUCAAUCUGAAAUGUGCAUCUAACUAUUGAUGAACAUAAAUUUCUUCAUAAAAAUUAAAUGUUCAUCGAAAUAUUGAACAUAUAAAUCUUUAUCAAAAUAUUAAUGAACAUAUUUAUGUUCAUAAAUGACCUGUUCAUCAAAAUAUUGAUAAAUAUCUUCAAUAUGAAAUGUUCAUUAAUAUAAAACAAUCUGAAUAUUAAUUAACAUAAAUAUGUUCCUCAUAAUGACAUGUUCAUCACAAUUUUAAUGAACAUAAAUGUGUUUAUGAAUAUGAAAUAUUUAUCAACAUUUUAAUGAACAUAAAUAUAAAAUUUUUGAUGCUCAUAAAUUGAUGAACAUAAAUGUUCAUCAAUAUGAAAUGUUCAUCAAAAUAUUGAACAU